GGGCGUUGCGGGUCGGUGUCCUAGAUGGGCGUUGAUAUCGAUCUAGCUGCAGCAAACACUGGCCACCCCCUGCAACCCUGGCCGUGCGUUGCCCAUCCCUCCUUCUCCUUCUCCUCACCCUCCCCCACCCGUUGGUUUAUUGCCUUCCAUCCACGCCCCCGAGUUGGGGGGUCCAUCCACACCUCAGGUUGCCAGAUAGUGACCUAGCCAGAAGCAUAAAAGCUUCCGCCUCGCUCCUUGUCCCAGUCCGUUGAUGGUUCCUGGUGUGCCGCAGACCUCUCUCGACUCUUGUCCGCUACCACAGACAAGAGCUCCUCGACUAUCUCGAGAGAUCGUUCCCUCCGACCGCUCCACAACAGGUCGUGCAGCGAACCCAAGCCGACAACACCCUCCCCAGCCUUGCGCACUAGUCAGCCACUGGCUGCCAGCCCUUCAAGAUGGUGCUCGAACAGUACACUUACAUUUUUGCCAUUGGCACCUUCUUUGCCAUGCUCGAUGCCUACAACAACGGCGCGAACGACGUGGCAAACGCCUGGGCCACCAGCGUCUCGUCCCGCUCCGUGAGCUACCGCCAGGCCAUGGUCCUCGGCACAAUCUUCGAGAUGGUGGGCGCCAUCGCCGUGGGCGCGCGCACGGCCGAGACCAUCAAGAACGGCAUCAUCCCGGCCUCGGCCUUCCGCGACGACCCGGGCGUGCAGAUGCUCGCCUUCACCUGCGCCCUGGCUGGCGCCUCCAUCUGGGUCAUGUGGUGCACGCGCCACUCGGCCCACGUCUCGUCCACCUACUCGCUCAUCUCGUCCGUCGCCGGCGUCGGCGUCGCCACCGCCGGCGCCGCCAACGUCAAGUGGGGCUGGAACGACGGCAAGGGGCUGGGCGCGAUCUUCGCCGGCCUCGCCAUGGCCCCCGCGGCCUCGGCCGCCUUCGGCGCCAUCAUCUUCUCGCUCAUCAAGUUCGUCGUGCACGUGCGCAAGAACCCGCUCCCCUGGGCCGUCUACACCUCGCCCUUCUUCUUCCUCAUCGCCGCCACCGUCUGCACCCUCUCGGUCGUGUACAAGGGCUCGCCCGCGCUCGGCCUGGCCAACAAGCCCGCCUGGUACAUCGUCUCGGUCACGCUCGGCUGCGGCUUCGGCGUCUGCCUGCUGUCCGCCCUCUUCUUCGUCCCCUUCGUCCACGCAAAGGUCAUCAAGCGCGACUACACGGUCAAGUGGUACGACUUCUUCCAGGGCCCGCUCCUGUUCAGGCGCCCGGCCCCCGAGGACGCCGACCAGCACGCCGUCAAGGUCCGCAACUACGCCGUCGUGCAGGAGGACCACGACGAGCAGCUCCAGCAGCAGCAUCAGGAGCAGCCCCAGCGCCCCGCCGGCUCCUCCGGCUCUGGCUCGCAUGACGGCGAAAUCACAAAGGACGAGACCGUCGCCUCCAAUGACAAGAAGGCCGCCCUGGACCACGAGUCGGAGAAGCAGAUGGUCAUGGCCGAGACCGACGCCUGCAUCAAGACGCACAAGGAGCUCGUCGCCGAGGGCGAGGAGCGCCUGCACGCAAAGAUGCGCCAGAACCGCGGCCCGCUCGGCUGGGCCAUGCGCACGCUCCACGCGAACCCCAUGGGCCCCGGACAAGUCUACGAGCGCCAAAACGCAAUCACCCUCAUGAAGCGCCUGCCCGCCAUGGUCGUCGUCGGCGCCCUCUACGGCCUGCACUACGACAUCCACGCGGCCCAGACGGGCAUCGCCGGCACCCCCGACGGCGAGCGCAUGGCCCGCGUCUACGCCCACGCCCGCAAGUACCCCAACGAGGUCGAGCACACGUACUCGUUCGUCCAGGUCCUGACCGCCUGCACCGCCUCCUUCGCCCACGGCGCAAACGAUAUCGGCAACUCGGUCGGCCCCUGGGCCGUCAUCUACGGUGCCUGGAGCACCGGCAAGGUCGUCCCCGCCAAGACCGAGGUCGACAUCUGGAUGCUGGCUGUGCUGUCGCUCACCAUCUCGCUCGGCCUCAUCACCUAUGGCUACAACAUCAUGAAGGUCAUGGGCAACAAGAUCACCUACCACUCCCCCAGCCGCGGCUCGUCCAUGGAGAUGGGCGCCGCCACCACCGUGCUCAUCUUCUCGCAGUACGCCCUGCCCGUCUCGACCUCGAUGUGCAUCACGGGCGCCACCGUCGGCGUCGGCCUGUGCAACGGCACCCUCAAGGCCGUCAACUUCCAGCGUGUCGGCCUCCUCGUCUUCUCGUGGAUCAUGACCAUCCCCGUCGCCGGCACCAUCGGCGGCGUCCUUAUGGGCAUCCUCCUCAACACCCCUCACUUCAAGGCCUGAACAUGAUAUUUUACAACUCCACAAAGCAACCACAAGGGAUUGUGCUACAAAAAUUUCCAUCUUGUGACGCAUCUCCCGAGGUCCUAUUUCUCCUUUGUCUGUCAUGUUUCCAUAUUUAGCAUUACGUUUUCAUAUUGUCUGUACAGAAAGCGAAAUAGAGUGCUGUUCUCAGUUUUGGGGUUCGGUGGAUGAUACCAUGAAGGAGAGGGGGCUAGAACAAAGCCAUUGGCUACCAAUUGAAAACCAUGAAAACAAAGCCAUCACGAUCUGCUCUAUGCGACACUCC